AUGGAUCAGCCAACGAACACACAGACCCAGCAUCAACACGAACCCAUCAGCUUUGGAAUUGAUCAGAUUUUAAAUAGUUCUGAUCAGGAAAACUCUUCCCAGCCUGCCCCCAGAGGAUCAGACAACACAAAUUACCUGGGAAGCCCUGUGAGCAGAACAAGUGCCCCUUAUCCUUCCCUUCCAGCUUCCUUCCCUGGCAUCGGGGCGCCUUUUGAAGACUCUGGAUCUUACAGUGUGAAUCUGAGUUUGGCUCCAGCUGGAGUGAUCAGGGUGCCAGCUCACAGACCCAUCCCUGGGGCUGUGCCACCUCCAAUUUCUAGUGCCAUCCCAGCUAUGCCAGCUGUACCCAGCCUUGGCAGCCUCAACUUCCCUUGGAUGGAGAGCAGCAGGAGAUUCGUAAAGGACAGAUUCACAGCGGCGGCCGCGCUCACCCCCUUCACCGUCACCCGGCGGAUCGGGCACCCCUACCAGAACCGCACCCCGCCCAAGCGCAAGAAGCCGCGCACCUCCUUCUCCCGGGUGCAGAUCUGCGAGCUGGAGAAGCGCUUCCACCGGCAGAAGUACCUGGCCUCGGCCGAGAGGGCGGCGCUCGCCAAGUCCCUCAAGAUGACGGACGCGCAGGUCAAGACCUGGUUCCAGAACAGGCGGACCAAGUGGCGGAGACAGACCGCAGAGGAAAGGGAAGCGGAGAGGCAACAGGCGAGCAGGCUGAUGCUCCAACUCCAGCACGACGCUUUCCAGAAAUCCUUGAACGAUUCAAUCCAGCCCGACCCCCUCUGUCUACACAACUCCUCGCUCUUUGCACUGCAGAACCUCCAGCCCUGGGAAGAGGAGAACUCCAAGAUCCCACCUGUUACCUCGCUCGUGUAAAGACUUGGGGUCGGGGCG